GAAGCCUCUCUCGCCCGCAAUCCUCCCUCCAUCCUGCCCCAUAUUGCCCGGGCCCGGGGCCAACGACAAACCUCUCGCUUCACAUGGUCGAACAGCACGUCUUAUAACCUCGCAUCGUCAACGCCUGAUUGUUCUGGCGGCAGCGACAUCAAAUCUGGCUUGAAAGGGGCGCCUCCUCCUUCCACCAUGGCGGUCUUCGCCAUGGGCUGGCACAAGCCCGACAAUGUCGCUGGCUCUUCGGCGCCCGCGAUCAUGGUCGGGCUCUUUGUCGCCACCGGUGGACUGCUGUUCGGCUACGACACUGGCGCAAUCAACGGGAUUCUGGCCAUGGCGACGUUUAAGGACGAUUUCACGACGGGUUACAAAGACCCGGAAGGCAAUCCUGGUCUGUAUCCGAGCCAGGUAUCGAUGAUAGUUGCGAUGCUCAGCGCCGGCACCUCCGUCGGUGCGCUGUUGUCGGCCCCAGUCGGGGAUCUCUGGGGCCGACGGCCCUCGCUGAUCGCCGCCAUUGGAGUCUUCUGCGUCGGCGCCGUAAUCCAGGUGUGCGCCACCAGGAUAGCGCAGCUCGUGGUGGGAAGGGCUUUGGCGGGCAUCGGUGUAGGGAUAGUUUCCGUGCUGGUCCCAUUGUACCAGUCGGAAAUGGCGCCGAAGUGGAUUCGAGGCACAUUAGUCUGCGCGUAUCAGCUCUCUAUCACGGUGGGACUCCUUGCCGCGGCUACCGUCAACAUCCUCACCUACCGUCUUGACUCGGCUGCGGCGUACCGUAUCCCCAUGGGCCUCCAGCUCAUCUGGGCUGUCGUCUUGGCCUUGGGUCUGCUGAUUCUCCCCGAAACACCUCGUUACCUGGUGAAGCGUGGGCUCAAGGACGCCGCUGCAUUGUCACUGAGCCGCCUCCGCCGGCUCGAUAUCACACACCCGGCGCUGAUCGAGGAACUGGCCGAGAUCCAGGCGAACCACGAGUACGAGCUGGCUCUGGGGCCAGACACGUACAAAGACGUCAUCUUCGGCGAACCCCAUCUCGGCCGCCGGACGCUCACGGGCUGCGGCCUGCAGAUGCUGCAGCAACUGACAGGCAUCAACUUCAUCAUGUAUUACGGCACGACCUUCUUCAACGGGGCCGGCAUCGAUAACCCCUUCACUAUUUCUCUGAUUAUGCAGGUCAUCAACAUGGUGUCGACGUUCCCAGGCUUGUUCGUCGUCGAGUCCUGGGGCCGACGGCGGCUGCUCAUCGUCGGGGCAAUUGGUAUGGCUCUUAGCCAGCUGCUGAUCGCCUCCUUUGCCACUGCGACCGGGAACAACAACCAAACGACCCAGAACCAGAUCCUCAUCAUCUUUGUCGCCAUCGAUAUUUUCUUCUUCGCGGCAUCCUGGGGGCCGGUCACCUGGGUCGUCACGUCGGAGAUAUACCCCCUGAAAGUACGCGCGAAAUCCAUGUCGGUCUCGACGGCCUCGAACUGGCUUUUGAAUUUCGGCAUCGCGUUCGGCACGCCGUACAUGGUUAAUACCUCGUCGGGAGCGGUUGACCUGGGCUCGAGGGUGUUCUUUGUGUGGGGCGCCUUCUGCAUCUUGUCCAUCGCCUUCGUGUGGUGCAUGGUGUACGAGACCAGCAAGAUCAGUCUGGAGCAGAUCGACGAGAUGUACGAGCGGGUGGCACACGCGUGGAACAGUCGCAGCUUCGAGCCGAGUUGGAGCUUCCAGCAAAUGCGCGAUUUUGGCUUCUCGGACAGCGGGAUCCCGCCCGUUGAGCCGCAGCUCGAGCUGCAGCCAUCGCAAGGGAGCACGUCGCAUUCGGAUACUGGUGGGAGCGCGACGUCGAACACGACAGCGACAGCAACAACAUCGCAAGAAGCAAAGGUGUUGUCCCAAUUGGGGCCUGUCGAUUUCAGUUACUGAUGGUUUGGGUCAAUUCGGUCGCUUAAUGUUUUUGUUGGAGAUUCCCUUGGGCUAUGUUGUGGAUAUC